UCUCUGUCUUUGCUGGCUGGGCUGGUCACAUGGGGAGAGGAGCCGUUUAAAAUGCUUUAGUCUCCUCAGCCAGAGCAGAGCCAGACACUGAGAGAGGCACACAGCUCACAGCUUGUCCUGCAUACACACACACACACAUUCACCUACCUAUCUACAGCACUGCAACUUUCAGGAUUGGAGCAACACACAUACAUAGCUACAGAGGACGGGAGGACAGGAGUGACAGCCCCGGAAAGAAGCACCACAUCUGAAAUUUAAAGUGUUGGAGAGACAAAGCCCGGCAGUCUUGUAUAUGGGCCUUUCCUUCUGGCAGAUGUCAACCUCAGGCCAUGGAGGCUGUAACAAGAUUAGAGUUUCUACAUCAAUGGCCAACACUGUGACGUCACUGUGCUGUGUGGUUCUGGCUGCGGUGGUGGUGGCCUAUGCUCAAAGACGCAGCCAAACAGGAGCCCGGACUCAGUAUGAACGUAUGGGUGGGGAUGUGACCAUGCAGUGUGGCUCGUUGGACAGCGAUGCCAGUGUGACGUGGAAGGUGAAUGGGACGGAUGUGAAGGCGCGCCAUCGGGAGGAGGGUUCUAGACUCAUACUGAUGGAGGUGGAUGUUUCUAACAAUGGACUCUACAGCUGCUUCCAGAACCCCAAUGGAGAAAGACGGGAUCAGAUCAACUUACGGAUCGGCACAGCCCCCAGAGAGCCGGUGGUUACCUGUCGUUCUAACACCUACCCCAAAGGCUUCUACUGCAGCUGGCAUCUUCCCCACACCACCUCCGUGCCCACGGACUUCGACGUCAAUGUUCUACAUAACCAGAAGCCUCUAGAAGUAAAACGGGAUGUGGUCCAUAAGAACCGGUGUCAUGUAAAGUUCCCUGAGGUGUUCAGUAGCUUCCCCUACAAAGUUAACGUCACAGCCAUCAACCCGCUUGGACGAGCCUCCACUGCCAUCACCUUUGAAGAGUUCAACAUAGUGAAACCGGACCCCCCUGAAAAGGUUGUGGCCACUCCCAUCCCCAACAACGUACGUCGUCUUGAGGUCACCUGGAACAGUCCCUCUACCUGGCCCGAUGUUGAAAGCUUUCCCUUGAAGUACUUCCUCAGAUACAGACCCCUCAUCAGAGACCAGUGGCAACAUGUGGAGUUGUCUGACAGCACUGCCCACACCAUAACAGACGCAUAUGCAGGGAAGGAGUACAUUAUCCAAGUGGCGGCCAAGGACACAGAGAUCGGCACCUGGAGUGACUGGAGCGUUGCCGUGCAUGCAACCCCCUGGAUGGAAGAGCCCAAACAGAUCACCUCCACCACCGAACAGGAACCCGAGACCACUCCAUCCCCUGCCCCUCCCUCAGCGGAGCCCCAUAGGUCGGGUGUCCCAGUGGGAGGAGCUUCCUUGUCACUCCACCUCCUGUCAUCUCUGUUCUUGUCCUUCUGCCUGCUGCUAGGGCCCCUAAUGUGAUAUACAUUCCUGUGGAAGAAAUAAGGAGUCUUCUGUUUCUAUUUUGCACAUGUUAAUGGAUAUCGUGCAUUGAUCAUUUAAUUGAAGUUUCACAUGACAUUAAGUAGAAAAUCCAGAAGCAAUGAAGUUAAAGAAAAAAAUUAAAAAAAAUUCAAAAGAAGAAGAAAUUACUCCCUACAACACCAACAAGAACAACAAAGAUACUAACAGACACAGAUUCAGACAUUUCUGAAAAUUGAAAAUGGAUUAAUUGACAGACUGAUUGAGUGCCAUGGACUCCAAUACAGCUAUUGGGCCAUGACUCCUUGGAGGUCAGUUUGUGGAUCUGAGACUGAUAAGACUAUCUCGUCAGCACAGCACACCGAUUUCAUUCUCCAUCUUGUACUUUUGAUUUAAUUGUUUUUAAAGCCUUUUAUUGAUCAUCCAGUGAUAUUGAAGACACUUGUAAAGAUCCCAGAAUCCCCUCUUAGUCAUUACCUGCAGUGACAUACAGCUAACUCAUCAUGCCAAAGACUUGUCUUGGAAAAGGUUUCCCACAAUCCUUAGCUUCCUGAAGCCUGUGCCUGUGUAGAAGGGAAACGUUCUGCAUUCUGAGGCGCGCGACCAUCACCAAGAGAGUUGAGCUGUAAAAGCACUGUGGAUAUGAAAGCAAUUCUUCUCCGCCGUCAUCAUCCUCAUCAGCAGCAGCUUGGGACUUUUGACUGAGGUACUAGAGCUUGGUAAAAUGGUAAGGCUCUAUCUGCAAAGGAACGUUCUAAAAUCAUGGACUUUAAGGAUUUGAACCCUCAAUAGUUCAAGCGGUUAUUGUCUUGUAUGCUUUUAACAACAUGAUUCUGGGUAUUUUGACUACUUCAUUAUGUAGGUGGGAAACAUGGCACAGAACCUUAGGAUUACCAACUCUAUAUUACGGUCUCAACCCUCUAGCUAGACUAGAUCCUCAGUCCUUUAGCUAGGCUAGGUUCUGAACUCUCUGACUACAUUUGGACCUUAGUCCUUCAGCUAGAUUAAAUCCUCAACUUUCUGGCUAGAUUAGGACCUUAGUCCGCUGGCUAGAUUAGGUCCUUAAUCUUCUAGCUAGAUUAGGUCCUUAGUCCUCUAGCUAGCUUAGGUCCCUAGUCCUCUUACUAGAGGAAUACACUCUGGAAAAAGAAAUGAGUUUGCUUUCCAAUUCCAUUGCCUUUACAAAAAUGUGUUUUUGCAGUUUACACUUUAAUAGCUAAUAUCACAAAUUUGUAUUAUGUUAUACAAUAAUUAUUGUUGUGCUUUAUUGUAUUGUUUAUUAUUGAAGAAUAAAACACAUAUAGGAUCUUAGUUCAUUCUUCAGACAUUCAUAAUGGCUUAAUUCUCAAUGAUCAUAUUUUGUAAAAACUAUGAUAUGUAUCUUUAACAUGAAAAAAGUUUAUUAUUUAAUAAUGUAUGUAUUAGCUUUAGAUUCUUGUAACCUAUAUCUGGGUUCUUUUUAUAGAUGUAUAUACAAUGAGAGGUUGUUCAUUAAAUGUGACCAUUUCACAAUGAGUAGGAUCUUGCCAGUCUUCCUUUCUUUCUGUUAUCAAUGUUAUUAUCAUGUUAUGAAUGUGUUAUUAACACACUGUCAUUGGCGUGAAAUACACUGAUAUCUACAGUGUAUGUAAAAUGGUCCUUCUAGACCAAUUAGCCUUUAGUAUUUUUCACAGUACUCUUUCAUAUUGUCUUUAAACACCUGGGACAGUGUUUGUAUGUGAUCAGUACAUGAAUGGAAACCAUUGUCUUUAAAAAGAGAUAUUAAUAAACACAUUUGCCACCAUUUGAUGGCCAAGCAUUAGUAAUUAACCAAUUGACGUUUGGCACUGAAAAGGAAAAUCAGCAAUUCUGAAAACAGACAUUACAAUCCACCAAAUAUAUAUGCAAAAAAAUAUGCAAAAAUUCUAAGAUUCAAUGUCUGUAAAAUUAUCAUAGGGUGGUAAGGGACACAUUUUUAAAAAGUAUUGGAAAAAUAUUCCUUUUUGGCAAAGUUGUGUCACUAAAAAUGUAAAGCAAAACAACGAUAAAAUGGAAUUGUUUCAUAUCAUAUGAGAAAAAUCAACAAUUGAAUUGAAAAAAAAAAUCUAAGACAAAUGUCUUAAGUGUUGCCAAGAUUAUUGCUACUCUUAGGAAGUCUUAUGAAUAAAAAUCAUAGACGAUGAAGUAUCUGGCCAUUGAUAUUAACCUUUAGGAAUACAUCCAUGGUCAUAUAUGUCUUAUUUCAUUAAGGUAUAAAUAGGUCAGAGAACACAAAUAAAAUCAGAUACUAGUUAGAUUUUCAUCAAAUUAGCAAGGGCUGUAAAACUAAAUGCUAUGUAUGAAAAUACCCCUUUACAGUAUUAGGGAAUUAUUAUAUAUUUUUUAAUCAAAACUAGCUCAUUUGUUUGAUUAGAAAAACUAUGCCUUUCGGACCUUCCCUAUUCCUAAUUAACCCUGCCCACCUUGUUUCCACUCCUUUCAAGGAGGAAGCAUGUAACAUCUUUGCAGAUGUUAUGUGCAGUGCCUUCUUUCCCAUCACCUUAAACUUGAAGGAAAGCAGAAGUCUCUCAUUCUCCUCCACCGGCCCCACAGCAGAAAAGACAUUAAGUUCAUGAACCGCGUAAUCUUGGGCCGCUUUCUACUGGUCAGAGUGUGAGGUUCGUCACAGGGAACACUUAAUCUUGUUGAGUUACCUUGACGACACUCUCCAGGGAGCUUGAAAACGGAAGGACAUAACCCUUGAGGCUGUGUUCACUAAGUCCUGCCUCUAGUAGUGACAGGUACAUGGUGGCAGCUCGGAUCUGAUACUGUCCAGACCAAAAAAAACUGGAUCUGUGAUAAACCAGCCAGGAAGAGGACACAGGUGUAUUUUGACCCCACGUACAGCAAUGAGGAAAGUUUGGUUUAUCUAAGGAUCACAGUUGGAGAAUUUCAGAAGUUUCAGAAUUCUUUGGGUUACCAAGUCUCAAAAACAAGUCUCAAACUACAAAUUUGAUGCCACCUUCCUGUUGACAACAACGUAUUUGGACCUCUGACAGAUAAAAGGCUCUAUUUCUAUCUAGACAAAAAAUGCCAUCAUUCAGAGUUUGCUAAAUUGCAGUGUGUACGACAGAAUUUUUUUUUGCCCUAAACACCAGAAAAAGGGUUAUGCAUAAAAAGACAUAUGGUCAUGCACAAAAUGAAAUGUACUGAGAAAUAUGUGCCAAAUUUUUGAAAACAUUUAAAAUAAUAUACCAACGGCCUGUUCCAAUAAACAGUUAAAAUGAAAACAAAAACAACAUUGUACAUUGUAAAAAAAUUAUAGAAACUAGCAUAGUACAAAUUGGAAAUCAAGGGUAAAGCAUCAUGCCAAUUAAACAUUUCAAAAUACAAAACAUAUGAAAGUAGUAGUAGCCAGUCUGUGACCACUAGAAUGCAAUAGCUGCAAGUAGGUGAAGAGUGUCUGGUAUAUAAGCCUGUAUAUACUGUAUGUCUACUGACCCUAGUUCACAUUCAAGGCUGUGCUCUAUGAUACACAAUCCAGUUCUUCUGUCUUCAUUUUUGUGUCAGUCAUAAUUGUCAGGUAUUCUGCAAACAUGUUCUGUCAGUUUUCAUGAUUGUUUCUUUCCACUGUGACCAGUGUUUUCAUUUGAUUUGGUUGGGUUGCUCUCCUGAGGCUUUCUGGGGUCUACUUGUGUUUGUGAACAGAGCCCUAAAACCAGCUGGCUUAGUAGGCUGUUCUUUAUGUUCAUGAAAAGUAUGAGAAACAAUUUAUUUCAGGUGGAUGUGAAAUUUAAUGUCUCUCUUCGGGAUGUUCAUAAUGUGUGUCUAUAUUGCUAAGUCAGCUCUUUAUAUGGGGUUUGUAUUGUACUCUGAGGAUACUUUAGCAGAAUUCUGCAUGCAGCUUUAAUAUGGCGUUUGUCUCGUUUUGUUAAUAAGCUCUGUCUCCCUCACUUUCUCUGCUUUUCUCUCUUUGUCUCCUUCUCCGUCUUGUCUUCUUCUCACACUGUCACUUUCUCUCUGUCUCCCUCUCUUUGUUUGUCUCCCUCCCUCCCUCCCUCUGCUGUAUCCUGGAGAUGUGGCCCUCAUUAGU